AUGGUGCGCAUGCGCGAGCCGCAGCGCUUCCCUCUGGGCACGCGCGUGGCCAACCCGCUGGAGGGCCGCACGGGCGAGAUCAAGGCCUACGACGCCGACUCGGGUCUCUACUCGCUCGUGUACAGCGACGGCCACCGCGACGAGCUGCCGUUCGCCGAGGCCGACAAGUUCGUGAUCCGCAAGACUCCCGAGCAGCAGGCGCAGGAGGCGGCCCAGCACGCCAAGGAGAAGGAGUCGGACCCGAACCAAUUCCUGGGCGCCACCGUGACCAAGAGCUCCACCAGCUACGAGGGCAAGACGCUCACGAGCUCGGGCCAGGUGACGCAGUACUUCGCGGACAUCAAGCGCUUCCGCGUGCUCUUCUCGGACGGCCUGUACUCGGACCUGACGCUGGAGGAGGUCAAGCAGAACGUCAAGGAGGCAGAGAAGAGGGCGGUAGGUCCAGAGGACGCGGCCCAGUCCCCGUCCAAGAAGAAGAGCAAGCGCCACCACCAUCACAAGGACGAGGAGACGGAGCGGCCGCUGAACACGCAGAAGUUCGAGAGCCGCAAGACCGCCUACACCAUUUGCCGAGAGGUGCUGGGUAUUAUCCUGAGUCAGAAGAAGGUGGGCAAGCUCUGCACGGAGAAGCAGAAGGUCAUUCUGAACAACAAGGACCUGCAGCCGAAGCGAGCGUUGGAGGCAUUUGUGGAGGCGGAUGGACUGCACGCGCUGGAGAAGAUCCUGAGUAACUGGUUCCGACUCGACAGCACUCGCUCGGGCUCUUUGCUUGUGAUGAAGGUUCUGGCGAUGCUGCCUGGGGUGAAGGAGGAGCAUCUGAGGAAGACCAAUAUCGCACGCACGUUGCGAGGCAUCGAGAAGCUGAGCGCAUCAAUGAGCAACAUCGACGUUGUGUACGGCGAUCUGGCGCAGUGGAUUAUCAAGAAGUGGGCGAGGACGGCGAUGAACCGCACCUUUAAUCGAUCCGCGCGAGACCUGCUUUUGGAGCAGCAGGCCCAGAUCAGCCGCGCAGCUACUGACGGGCAAGUGCGUGUUGCCACGCCUUCGACGACAAAGUUGACCCCGCAGCAGAAGGAGACGGCUCGACUGGAGGCUCUGCGAGCAGGAACCGAUACCAGUGAAGAAUCGAAGACUGAUCCGGGCGACGAGGUGGUGGUGUAUCUGCCGCAGUUCAACUCGCUGGGAUCGGAGGACAUGCGGCGCCCCCGGGCCCGCCUCGGCAACAGUUGA